AUGUCAGACCACGAAGAAUCCGCUGCCCAGUCUGGGUACGAUACUCCCGUCCCGGAGCUCGAUGAUCACCGCCACCAGUCGGGUUCAACGCGAGUUGAGCGCCCUCGCCGUGGCACAUUCGACAGUCUGUAUGGUGCCCGACAGCUCGAACCUGAGCCCCCCGCCCCUCCUGCGAUUGUAGUUCGCGAUUUCGAGGAGGCCAUCAUCGAUGAGGAAGUAGGUGACCUUUCACCCACUGCUCGUCGCAGUCGCCGACCUACUGUGGAUUCCACGGAUCGAUCUGUCUCGCCACCUAACUCGGUCAAGGCGUUUGCCCAGGCUCGCCGUCGAGAGCGGGACAUGUCGUUCUCGGAACCCAACAAGCCUGAUAUCGAAGAUGUAGCCAGUCGAGCCAUGUCUAUCUCAAGCAAGCGCAGCUACCGAAGCAAGCCUCGCACAAUCGACAAUGAUGCUGCUAGCCUCUCAACCAACACAACUGCAGAGGAGGAUGUCUGCUUCCCUGUCAAGGAGAGCUAUCACAAGGACCACCUGUAUAUUGACUUUGACUACCUUGAGAACUUCAUCAAUGAGCAGGCAGCUGAACGCGCCGCAGAGCGAGCGGCAGAGCGCAACGCAGCCGCUGCCGAGAAGCAGAGCUUUGAGGAUAUGCGAACUCAGCAGAAUGAAUCCCGCCUUCAGCGGAUGGUCACUGUUGAUGGUGAUAUCCUGGAACCGGUCUCGGAUGACUCAAUGACCCGUGAGAAGACGAACCAAACAGCGCAGACUCAUGCCGAGGGGUCAGUUGCUGAAAAGCAGCCUGCGCCUAUCGACCCUAACCGGUUCAGCUUCUUCUCUUCGGCAUGGGAGUCAACUAUCCACGCAGCCGAUUUUGGUGAUCUGGUUCUCCCAGGAGAAGAUCUUCGAGGCCUUUUCGAGCUUCCUGAUGAAGACGAAGAUGGUGUCUGGUGGCUCAACGUCAAUGCGGCUUCCAAGGAGGAGGUUCAGAGCAUCUGCAAAGCUUUUGGAAUCCAUCCCCUGACAAUUGAGGAUAUCAUCACUCAGGAAGCUCGCGAGAAGAUUGAACUCUUCCCGUCGUACUACUUUGCCUGUUUCCGUUCUUUCUCAGUCGUUCAGGAGCCUGAUGGCAUUGAGUAUGAGCCUUUCAACACCUAUGUCAUCGUGUUCCGCGAGGGCACACUGAGCUUCAGCUUUGAGCCCAACUCGCACGCGGCCCAAGUUCGUAAGCGAAUCACUGCUCUCAAGGAUUAUGUCUCUCUCAGCAGCGACUGGAUCUGCUAUGCUUUGAUUGACGACAUUGUUGAUUCCUUCGGACCUGUCAUUCGCCAGAUUGAGCUUGAAGCGGAUGCUAUUGAAGACGAAGUGUUCGUCAUGCGUGAGGAUGAUUCUAACUCAUUCCUCCGUCGCAUUGGCCGGGUUCGCAAGAAUUGUCUGGCUCUGCUUCGCCUACUCGGUGGCAAAGCAGAUGUUCUCCGUGGUUUCACGAAGCGAUGCAAUGAGAACUACAAGGUCACGCCAAGGAUGGACAUCGGCAUGUAUCUUGGCGACAUCCAGGAUCACGUUGUGACCAUGGCCACCAAUUUGGGACACUUUGAAAAGAUUCUGUCUCGCGCACACAGCAAUUAUCUUGCUACGGUUUCCAUCAACAGCAUCGCGCAAGGAACGCACACCAACGAGGUUCUGAGCAAAAUCACUUUCUUGGCCUCGAUCCUGGUCCCCCUUAACUUGGUCAGUGGUGUGUUUGGAAUGAACGUGCCAGUUCCGUUCGCAACCGUUGCCGCAAACAACUUGGCUCCUUUCUUCAGUAUCAUUAGUUUCAUGGUUUUCCUGUGCAUCAUUUUCAUGGCCUUGGCCCGCUGGAAGCGUUACAUCUAG